AUGGCAACUCCAAGAUUCAACUCCAAAUCUCCUACAAUAAAGCGCAUACUUCGUGAAGCUGCCGAAAUAUCCCAUUCUCCAUCUGCAGAUUACCACGCUUCUCCAGCUUCCGACUCGGACCUGUUCGAGUGGCAUUUCACAUUACGCGGCCCGCCAUCCUCAGCGUUUGCUAAUGGCAUAUAUCAUGGCAGAAUAGUGCUGCCUCCGACAUAUCCGCUUCGCCCACCAUCCUUUCGCUUUCUCACUCCAUCUGGUCGAUUCGAAGCUAAUCGUGAAAUAUGUCUCAGCAUAAGCGGACACCACGAGGAAACGUGGCAGCCAGCUUGGGGAAUCCGAACAGCUUUGGUGGCAUUGAGAAGUUUUAUGGAAACGGACGCAAAGGGUCAAUUAGGUGGGUUGGAAUGUAGUAAAGCGGAAAGAGAACGAAUUGCUGAGGGCAGCGGUAACUGGAAAUGCGGAAUCUGCGCAAAGAACAACCGGGAGAUACUUGCAGAAUGCGAGGAGGCUGCAAAAGAAAAAGAGAAAGAGGGGCAACAAGCCGAAGAAGUCGCAAUACCGAACGAGCUAAAGAUGGGCUACAAGGACGAAAUGGGUAAAGGCAAGGAAACUGCUGAAGAACCGAUCGGUACCUCUGCAGCGCCAGUAGCAAUUGAGGGUAUUGUCAAUACAACAGACGGUGCAAGUGACACAACUCCUGCAAAGCCAUAUCCGCCAGCGAGGCCAGGUCAGACUGCUCCACAACCUACUGGUCAGCCUCAAGCACGCAUCCAACCGUUGCCAAAUAUACAGCAAAAUCCACAAGCACAGGCACAACUUGUGCAUGGCAGAUCAAAUGAUGGUGUUCCCAUGUGGAUCGACAGGGCAAUUGCAGGAGUUGUGGUACUUCUGGUCGCGAUGGUGUUGAAAAUCUUACUUGGUCUAUAA